GUUUUCCCUUGGAUUUUAAACGGGGACGCUACAGAGGAAAAAUAUUAGAGAUUUAAGUUUUAUAAGUGUUGAGUAUUUCCAUCGGAUUUUUUAAGUUUUGGGUUCCUGUCCUGAUUUGGGCUUCUAAGAUCUGUUUCAGUGCUUUGACAUCGUUUUCAUAUGUUUACAAUCAUUUUGGAGCGCCAGUGAUUAAAAAUAAAUAAAUUUGCGAACAUUUAUAUUUCAGUAGUGAAUUAUAAAGGCAUGCAGAUAUUCAAUUUUUAUUCGUAUUUUAAUGUUGACCAAGAAGUUUGUUCCAUCGUCACUUAUGAAUAAACCACACUAAAAGCGAAGUGACGCGCAGGUGAAACCGCUGGUCGAACUACGCGUUAACACCGAGCGACGCGUACCACUUUUUCUCGUUAAGUCUCGUUUAGUAUGCCGAAACUAUUCAUUUUAAGAAGUUUGGGGUUUGCUAUCAAGCUCAGUUCCCAUUUGAGAAUCUUUUUGGAUUGAAAGAAUCUCUCAGAUUAAAGUAAAUAGUGGGUAGUGAGGCUGCGCGGAAAGAGUUCGAGCGAACAGUUCGCGCGCGGCAUGUCCGCACUGGCAGAGGAAGAUCAGCUGUUUGAGGGUUGUGUGCAGGAGGAAGUGAUGCAGGAAAAUGCCCACAAUGUAGCUCCACUCAAUGACUAAAAGGGGGAAGCACAAAGAAAUUGGCUGCUUAAGCUCGAGAUGGUCUUUUAAUUUUCACCGCAGAUCCAAUACAGUUUAGGGUGAUCCGGAAAAGCACGCCUCCGUGACGAUAUUUCUUUCUUCCUUUUUUCAAAAGUGAAGUAAUAAUCGACAUUGAUGUUGAAGUUUUUGCCAGCUACCUGCUAACUAGUUAGCUAGCAAUCUGAGUUAACGCGACGAGUUUGCCUCAGUUCGCUCCUUGUCGUAUACGCUACCUUAGCCAACUUAAUAACUACUUAGUUUUUCCAUCGGCACACCUGAAGUGAUGUACACCCAGGCUAACACACAAGAAAUCCCCCCUAAGGUAAGCCUCUUUACAAACACAAUAAUGGUUGUCGAUGUUUAAAUCGAAAGACCUAGCUUAGCCGAGAGCUAACUUUUAGUUAACCGAGCUGAUGCUAGCUAGCUAUGGCGACGUCGUCGGAGGCAAGCAGUUGUAAAGUCUUUUAAUGUCUGGGGUUUUAUAACAGAUUCGUACUAAGUAAUGUCAUAUGUUUAAAAAAACAUGUCGAUAUUAGAAUGUAAACCGCCAACAGAAUCGAAGUGACAUUACAUUUUGGGUGUUUUUGCAUGUGCUGUUAAGCUCACUUGAUCCUGUUUGUGCUCGCUGCCACCCAAUAUAACUCAGUCGAAAAUAAUAUAAAUACCCGCUGAUUACAGUGAAAAUCACCCAUCUAACUUUCACAACUUUCAUAAUCCACUGCAGUGUAGUUAAGUUAACGCUUUUGUGUUUUAGAUCAACUUUUAAGACUUUGAGUUUAGCUCAGUCUAACAGUAUGUGCUUGGCUCACCUAACAUGUGAGCAUGUUAGUGAUGAUAAUUGUAUAUUCGGAUUAAUAAGUAGGCCAUCAGAUGUCCAACAGAUGUUUUCCAGGUGAAGUUUGUCAGAGUGAGACAGUGAGACAUUUGCCCCAACAUGUCCCUGAGCAAUCAGCACAGUAGGUUUGCUCCAAUGCUGUUUACUUCAUCCGUGUUGGAAUAAGAGUCCUGACUUGACAAGGAUAAGGAUCAAAACAAAGCUGGGUUCAGAAGUUAGUAGUAGAAGUUGAACAUUUGGGUUGUAAGUAAGAACAAAGCCUGUCUAUGCCCUGUGAGAGGCCUGUCACUGGACACCUCACCUGCUCAACCCUAACACAAGAGCUUAAGUCCACAGUGCAUAAUACAUUUUUAAUCCCAAACCUUUAAAUUGUCACAUUUAUACUCGAAAUGGCUGAAAUGGUUAUAUUUUUGGUGAGAAGACAAACAGUUUUGUUGUGCUCAAACUACAUAUGCUGACAAAAAUAGUCCUGUAGGUUUGGGGAUGAUGAGCUAUCACUUUCUGCUUAUGAUGACAAGAUAAUGUGUCUUUUCAGCGCUGUGGAUGUGAAGGUCACAGAGAUGGAGCUGAAUAGAAAGACACUCUGAUCCAUGGCCAAUGCCAUCUGAGGGACUCUGUGUAAGUAAUAUCCCAACCAGCUGCUUCAUUAGUGAUCAAACUGUUGAUCAGUGUUUACCUUCACCUUUUGAGAUAUGUUAGCGAUAUUACAGCAAUACAUCCAUUAGUGUUAUUCACAGUACACCAUUUAUUAAACCCACUUCUGGAGAAAAUGGGCAAGUUAGCUAGCUAACUAGCUAGUUUAUGCUUAAACAUGUUAUAAUAAUUCGAUGACCUUAAACAUUUGUUUUUAUGCAAUUUUGCCUGUCCAGAUUUUUUAUUUACUCAGUUAAAAUAAUAUGUAUGAAUUUUGACCAUUACAUUAAGUUUAACAUCUAUUUUAUCACCAAAAAGCCUCAGAAAACACCUUAAAUGUAAUAUCAAAUAUUAGUGCCUAACCCUAACCCUAACUGAUCCAGGUUUAUAUGUAAUGAUAGCAAACCAAAGCACUGCACUGCUAGUCAAGAUGUUCAAUUGCUAAAGCUGUCAAAACGUUAUCCAACAGUCCUUGCCACACAACAAUAACAGUAAUCAUAUCAUAUCUAUAAACACUAAGUGAUAAAAAUAUUAAAGUAGUACAGGCUUUAGUCUACCUAAGUCUAUGAAUCCUUGAACGGUUAACAAUAGAUCAAGUAGACAUUUCAUCUGAGUUUUCCUGAGCCUGGGAAUGGUGUCUGCUUUACAUUGACUUCCCACUCACAAACAUGUCUGUUCACACAUUAGAAUUGCCAAGCAAUCUCACUUAAAGAUUUUUCUGUUUUUCUUUGAACUCAUAGUAACUUUGUAACUUUACACCCCAUCACCAGUAACUGUGUAUUUUUGUUUGUUAACCUCACUACUAGGACGUGGCUCUUAAACAUAUGGAAGAGGAUGUGAAAUCUCUCUGCUAAAUUAGGAUUUUGUUGCACUAUAUUCUCUCAUAAGCAAAGUAGUAAGAAACUGCUGUGAAAAGUAUAAAUGUUUGUGUAUUGAUCAUUGGUCAGGUAAGAUUUAAAACUCUAAGGUUUAUUAUGAAACAAAAGUAUAGUUCAGUUUGUCAUUUAAUUGCAUUAAAGAAAACCUGAAAAGGGCCUGUCAAGAUGUCUCAUGGCCCUGUAACCCACUAGAAUUUCAUCAGCAUCUUUGGCAUUAAUAUUUGUCUCUUAUUCAUUAUGUAGUGGUUUCUAUGGUUAUCUGCAUUGCAUGGAGAAAAUUGUUUUUUUUAAUGCUUUUUCUUCUCAGACUAAAGUCUGGCUGUGUAAGACCUGAAUCGUGGCAGAUUUGGUACAGGUAGUGUAAUUUCUUGACCGCCAGUUUAUAAAAAGCAUUUUCUUCCCAGUAGGUGGGAACAUUUCAGUCUUUGUCACAGUGAGUAAGACAGCUCUGGUUUGUACCUGCAUGACAGUUCACAUUUUUCAUUGUCUGUCACUUCAGGCCUGAGGGUAUGUUGAGACGUCCUGCCAGACCAGAGCAGAGGCGUCCAGGUGGUUCCGACGGGGACUGAAGGUGAGAAGGAAAGACAGACGAGGAACCAGGGAGGAAGACAUGGGCCAGUGUGUCACCAAGUGUAAGAACCCAACGUCUUCGCUCGGCAGCAAGAGUGGAGACAAGGAGAGUGGCUCCAAGUCCCACCACAAGAAAGGAGGCAGUGCUGGCGGCGGUGGUGGGGGCCACAAAGAGGAGUCCAGCGCCCCAUGUAGCAAAGCCACCAGUGAGCUGUCAAAUGGCACCAAGGCUUUGGAGGUCACGGUGGAAACACCCGUCAUCCCUGCAGUGAUGGGGGAACCUCGCAAGGAUGAGACUCUAGAUGGAGAUGGGUUGUCUUUGAUGCGUAUUGAAGAGCUGUUCUGUUGCUACAAGGAUGAAAAGGAGGAUGCCAUCUUGGAGGAAGGCAUGGAGAGCUUUUGCAACGACCUGUGUGUGGACCCAGCGGAGUUUCGUGUGCUUGUUUUGGCCUGGAAGUUUCAAGCAGCUACCAUGUGCAAGUUUACAAGGUGAGGUGGAGUUUUGGGGUGGAGAAAGGGGUGUGUUUUUGUCUGUGGUAUUUGUUGAUCAGGAUGAACUUGCAUAACAACUGCAUCACAGUCAUUGGCUGUAGGUGGAGCCAGAUGGAGUAAGAUAUUACAAUCCAGAUGUUCCAGUGAUCAAGAAACUACUUUAUUCAUUUUGCAGAUUUAAAGCCAACAAGUUAAUCAUUUUAAUAUAUUUGAACAAUUGGAGAGAGAUUUAAUUAACAUUUACAAAACCUUUCACACUGCUGUAAUCUUUAAAUCGUCUUUUUUUAAUGUAAUAUUAUCAUCUGAGUUAUUAAAACAAAUCAAUGCGUUUCUGGAACGCAUACAGACAGUUUUAUUCAUGCUUGAUCUGACCUUUUACAGAAUCUUUUUAUCCUCCAAUGUCAGACUUUGUGUCUCUUUUUAAUGGCCUUGUAAGCUGCACCACACCUCUGCACUGUUUUCCUUGUCUUAAAAGCUUAUACCAGGCUUUAAGAGACAAUCCAAAUUCUUGAAAUACUAACUCCAAACUGGAACUAUUUAACAAUAUAUUAUGCAAGUACUGCAUAAAAUAUAACACAUUCCCGAAGCAAAUUGGCUUAACUUUGUUUAAUGCUGGCGAUGGACCAGUAAUUGAAACCGCCUACAUGUUAUUAGUAAAAUGUCACUCACAUUUUCUUGCUGUAUCUUCACUCAAAUCCUCUUAUGAAGGCACCAAUGAAACAUCAUAGCAACCCUAUGAAUUUGGUUCAAACGACCCAAGCUUCUACAGAUACAAAGGAACAAAAUUCGAGUAAAAAGUUAAGUACAACUCUAAUAAUAAUUCUGCACCCUUGCACACUAGUAAUGGAAAAACUCGGCAGCUAGAAACAAGCUGAAACUUUACAGUUACGAGCCAGGGCUAUACCUUCCUCCAUUUUUAGUCUUCAGCCUCAAACUGUGUGGUGGUCCAUCUAUCUGUUUCACUCCAAACACAGUUUUCAGCACCUCGGAUCAACACACGCACCCACACAGUUUCCCGAAUGUCAGGCAUGAGGGCACAUAGGAAAUGGAUCCUGCUGUACACUCCCACUCUGCAGCUAGUGGUGGAGAUGAAUGGGGCUGUCCGCUAGCUGGUUGCUUGUCACUGCUUCCCCUCUGAUUCUUAGCUCAGCAUUUUUCCACACAGAGGCUUUGGACAACACUGCAUUCUGGUUACUGACAUGUUUCACGUCAACUGAUCCAUGCUGUGGCUGUUUGUCUUAAGGAUUUAUACGUAAAGAACAUAAGGACUGAUGCCAGUUCUUAUAAUGAAAACAGCUCUUAAACUGAUGGGUGAUAAUUAUAAUUAAAAAUAUAUAUUUAUACACAUUAUGCCAACUUUAUCUAGGCCAUGUAUCUGUUAUCAAGACUUAUGUCAAUGUUGUUUUAGUCAUUCAGGCCUUUAUUACAUGACUUUUAAGUGAGCACAAAUUCAGUGAUACAAACCUACAAAACAACUUUGAUGUAACUUUGAUUUGUUUUAAAGAGAUUACUUCCUACUCUUUAACACACUGAGUAUUUAAAAAGCCUCUCUAGCCUGCUUCACAGACAGUAAAAGGCCAAAUUUAAAGACUCUGUUGCUUCAAUGUACUGCACAAGUUUAAAAAUAGGCAAUAAGUAAAAUGUUAAAUAUAAAUAAUGAAUAUUUAUAGAACAUAGACUGUGUAUAUAAGUUACUUGUGUCUAUUACAUCUGUAGCACUGGUAAAUAACAAGCCACUCCUGAAUCAGAGAUGUCAGUUGUGUGUUACAACAGCAUGUGACUAAAACAGCUAGGGUCUCAUACUGUAUGUAAACAUUGUGUUUGUACAAACAGGGCCUUGUCUACUCCAUCUCAAGGUUGAAUUUACUGAAGAUAUAGUGCUUCUGAUAUUCAAGUGUAGAAAGGCUCAGAUUCUGCAGCUCUGCACUUGACUCCAGUGCUGUAGUUUAAGGCCACUAAGAUGAGCUUUAAGCAUCUCCAGGUUUUUCUGCACAGAUCAGCGCUGUGCGCUCUUAUCCUGAUGGUGUCAAAUGAUGUCUACGUGUACAUGAUGAGCUGAAUGAUAAGCAAAGUCCUCACCCGUUAAUUUAGGAGCCAGAUUCAUGACAGAAGUUCCAUGGCGUCCAUACUGCAGAAGGCAGCUCAUUGGCUGUGUGUCAUGGCAUGGCUAUCAUGUAAAAUAACUUAUCCCCAGACAGUUCUAGAUAGAUUUAAUCCCUGAUAAUUAUAAAAGCAAUAAUGUCAAUAAUUAACAGGCAAUAUUAACAGACUUCAAGUACAGACAGAUUGCGUCUUGGUCAUUCUGACGUAGAUUUGUUGAACAGUUUGAGGAUUACAACACUUUUAGUACUUCAGCCCAAACACCAGCUUUCAGCAGACUCUAACUGCCAUGUAUCUCUCUGUAUCUUUUUGCACCAGUUGUAGUGAAAUAAGAGUUUUUUGCAAUGAGACUCAUCUGCAUAGAAAGAGUCAAGUUUUGCCCAAAAUGAAUGUAUUACAGUUCAUUUUAAAUGCAUGCACACAUGCUGUUUGCUCCCCAGAGCAGCCUGUGGAGUAUCUGUGCAAAUAAUCUCUCUUUAUUCUUAGUCUCAUCCUGAGUUUGCUACUCCAGUUUCGCUUAUAUGUGUUGUUUACUUUGUGCUUUUUAGGAAGGAAUUCAUCGAGGGCUGUAAGGCUAUCCAGGCAGACAGCCUUGAAGGCAUUUGCUCACGUUUCCCCUGCAUGCUGGUGGAUGCCCGAGGCGAAGAAAACUUCAAGGACCUGUACCGCUUCACCUUCCAGUUCGGCCUGGACGCUGAGGAGGGCCAACGCUCUCUGCAGCGGGAAAUCGCAAUUGCUCUGUGGCGCCUGGUUUUUACCCAGGAUACUCCUGCAAUCCUGGAGCGCUGGCUGGACUUUCUGUCAGAGAACCCCUCAGGCAUUCGGGGCAUCUCAAGGGACACAUGGAACAUGUUCCUUAACUUCACCCAGGCCAUCGGGCCUGACCUAACCAACUACAGUGAGGACGAGGCCUGGCCCAGCCUCUUCGACACUUUUGUUGAGUGGGAGCUGGAGCGCAGGAAAAAGGAGGAGGAGCAGGCAUUGAUGGCAAAGGAGGAAGAGGGGAGGUGUACUGAGACAGAGUGUUCUCCCACCACAGACAGACGUGACACAGAGGGAAGCCGCGGUUCACAGACGUGGGGGGGCCACUGACCAGGAAACCUGAAAUAUUUGUAAUGGGGGGAAGGAUGUGACCUACGUGUGAACUGUGCAUCUGUGAAUCAUUGGAUGAAUAUUAGUAUUACAAUGACAGCUGUUCAUUUUGCUCUCCUUUUCUGUUGGGUGGGAUUACUGCUUUGCAACCUUUUUUUUUGGUUUUUGAAAGGGCUCUAAGAACUGUUGUGUUUUAAGCACUUCUAUUUAAGUUAUUGUUUUACUUUUUUCUCUUCCCAUGGGUGUUUUUAGUAAGUGGACAUGUGGUCCAUUUUAACAUGUACCUACCUACCAUAACCCAGCAGAGUUAGCUCAAUAAAGGCUUUGUUUUAAAUACAGGCACCAGGAAGCCAUAAUCUUUUUCCCACAUUUAUCAUAUAGACAGUGGAUUUUGAACAGGUAACGCUACUGGAAGUAGUUAAGAAUAAAUAAUAAGGGAAAUUUGGGCAAGUGGUGGACAAAAAGUCAUUCAUCACCAAAAUAUGAGACUUAAAAGAGUCAGGGUCAUUGAACUCAUCUUGACUAAGCUAAUCCAGAUGGGUUGUAUGCUUUUCUCUUGCUGUGCUGUGAGGAUUAAUCGACUGCACAUACAUUGCCUUCACAACUGUUGGCCUGCAAUAUCACGGCAAACAGUAAUAAUUUACAGUUCUAUCACAAGGGCAUUCAACUUUUAAAAGAAAAGUUGCGUUCAAGUUGGUACUCAUAGCAACAGAUCCAUCCUAUCUUCUGUGUUGAGUGUUUUGAGUGUUACUAUUGCAGUUAGCAGCUUAGCUUGUUUAGGCAGCUGGCUGUGUCCCUUUUUACCUUUUAGCAUGAACCAUUUUCUCCACCUGUUUUCAAGAGUCGAUUUAAUGCUAACAACACAAAUAUGCUGGCUUUUAUCUGAGGUUCCUGAUUGAUUCCAUUUAAGGAGGUCUGGAAUGCAACACAAUUGCUAAAGCGAGGUCUUGGCGGAUUAACACUGAGCAACAUGUAAAAGCAAAAUAUUGUUUACCUGCAAGAACCAGUAAUUUUUCACAUCUUAAAAAAUAAAUUUACAUACUCCACCAAUAUUGUUGACCGCAGCUGGUGAUGGUUGUAAUAGAUUGCACAAAACCAAUGGCAUGCUUCAUGGAUAUACUUGCAAUGCUUUGCAAAGAGAUUGAUGUCAACCACAUAAUUUCCAUUUUCAACCUUUUCCAAAUUGUAGGUGGAUUUUCAGUGCAGCCUUGGGUGUUGAUAUGAGUGAAUGAGUAUUAACUAGACGUGGGCUAAUCAACAAGAGUCUACGAUAUGGGUCCAGUGUGGGAAGAGGUUGGCUAUAUCCUGAUCUUUUUGGUUUACAUCUAAAAUGGUUUUAUUUCAGACCCCUUUGUCCUUUUUAUAUAAAAUGUAUUGAUUUAUAAUAAAUAAAAACAGUGUUGAACUUUUGGCUGUUGACCAGUGA